CCAUAUUAUGGCCUCUAUGCAUGACACAGGAGAUUUCUGAUUGGGAUGAUUUGAACACGCUAGCUUAAGGCGGUUUUCUCAUUAUUUCUUUCUUAUUUAGUAUAACCUCCAUUCGGCGGCAAGAUUCAGGUAUUCGAGUUGGUUGCAGUUAGUUCAAUCAAUCUGCCAAGAAAAUUUUACGAUGUUUCAAUUAUUUUACGAUGUGCAUUCAAGAUUUCCGCUAUUCGACCUAGCAUUGAUGGUAAACCAGACAUCUGUAGUUUUCGAAUACUGCGAAAGUGUGGUAUAGUAUGGUAAAACUUUAUUGUGGUCCCUCGGAACGUGCGUUAGCACGUAGAAAGCCUCUUCCACGCGAAAGUGCUGGAAUUGUUUUUUUUUUUUUUUAUUUUCACUAAGCGACUGAAGUCUCUUUUUUUCUCUCUUUUCCAGCAGUUUCGGGUUUUUGAUUAAAAUCCCGACGAUAUGCUUGUGAUUGCGAAAAUUCGUGUAGCACUUUUGCUAUGCCUCCUGCUCUGCGCACCGUCGCAAGAAGGUCAGGCUUUGAGAUACACAUUGUCAAGGCGCUCCGUUAGAACUCAGAAGAGGGAUGACAGCGGACAGUUUCUGACACCCUUGAUCGAGAAGAAAGCCGUCAGAUCCGCCAGGGAUGCCAGCUUCGCGAAGAUGUUCAGGAUGAGGGCGAACGCCACGGCAUACUCCGGCUUCAUCACCGUCAACAAGGAACACCAGGCGAAUAUGUACUUCAUUUAUAUGCAAGCUCAGAUCAAUCCCGAGCGAGCGCCACUCAUGAUAUACCUGCAAGGAGGUCCCGGCAAGUCGGGCACAUUCGGCCAGUUCCUGGAGGUCGGGCCUCUGGGCGUCAACUCGGAGGGGAUCCUCUACCGGAGGCCGCACACCGUCCAGAGGAUGUUCAACGUCAUCUUCCUAGACCAGCCGGUAGGGUCGGGCUUCAGCUUCAGCAAGUCCCCGAUGGGCUACGCGCGCAGCAUCGACGACUGCGUGGCGGGCGUGAGAGAGUUCCUCAGGCAGUUCCUACUGUUGUUCCCGGAGAACAGGAACCGCGAACUCUACGUCGCCGGCGAGAGUUACGGAACUCGUGCAGCCAUAACCCUGGCUCACAGCCUCAUGACGAAUCCGGAUCCCGGUCUAGCGCUCAAGGUGUCCGGCGUGAUUACUGGGUCUCCAAUCUUCGGCUGCGUCCUAGACCUCAUGGACUCUGCCGACACGCUGUACCACUUCGGCAUGCUCGACACCAACGGGCGCGACAUGUUCGCACAGGCCAUGCACCGUAUCCGCCAACUGUGGACCACCAACAUCACUGUGGCACUGAACCUCCUUAGUCACACCAUCUUCCGGCUGCACCAUUCAGCCAGUCUCUUCACUAACCUCACCGGUUACAGUGACCACGCGAGCCUGUUUAGUGACGAGAGGCCCCAGGAGUUCGUCCACUACUACCACUACAUGCAGAAGCCGCUGUUCAAGAAAUCUCUGCACCUGUCUUCCCAGGCUACAGUGGAGAGUACCCGGCUGCUGGUCAUGCUCUACCUUGCCGGCGACUACAUCGUCGAUCUCCGAGAAAAAGUCGAGUACCUGCUCGACGCUACGAAGAUGCUGGUCCUCUCGGGGCAACUAGACACGGUGUUCCCCAUGGUGAAGCAAGAAAAAUACUUGCUGUCGCUCAACUGGACGGGAACAGCGGCACUGAGAAAGGCAGCGAGGAGACCCUGGUAUGCGUCCGGAUCCGAGUCGAGGCUUCUGGGCUACGUCAAGACGGCCAAGGACCUGACAUACGUGGUCAUGGCUCGCUCAGGACACCAUGUGCUGUUCGACGCCUCCGAAGCCGCGUACAAUAUGAUCGAAAGCUUUGUGACCGGCGUCGAGAUUGUCAAUUCCAGACGAAAAGUGCUGGCUGUGAAUUAGCGCUCUUAACAUCGCCGCCAGAUUUGAAAGUAGGAAUGCAGGAAUGCCUUUAAACAUGAGUGGCCUGAUCGAUUAUUGCCAAUAAAUCGAAUAGAAAUGAGGCAUUCCUUGUAAGGCCUUGUGAGAUACGCUAGGACGUUCAACGGAGGCUCAAGGGUGUUACCUUGUGUUGAGGUAAUGACUGCCACGACAAUUGGCUCAGUCAUUAUGAACCAGUAUAUAUGUAAUUGGGUAGGAAUGAUUCAGCCGCCACACAACGUUUACGUGUACAUGAAAUGAGUUAAUUUUUAUUAGAGCGCAGUGUAUAUGCGAUGAACGCGAACAAUAACGAAGAUAUAGUAAUGCAGACAGAAAAUGCUAUUACAUUCACUUUAUCCCCGGAACCAACGUCGUAACAGACAAUGACUCUGAACGCUGCUUUCGUACGAGCGAAUAAAUGUUAUAAAUAGCAAUAAAAAAGUUAA